AUGGAUAUCAUGUUCGAUGCUGACGGCAUCGACAUGCCUACCUUCGAUCUCAGUUGGACACGUCGCAGGAGACGCUUUGCUGCUGAUCAGACCAGACGAGCUUACACAACAUUAAACGAGCAGUUUGAUGCGUACACUGGGGCGAUCUGGCAGCCGUACACACAAGAAGCCAUAGAUGCAAGAUACCCCGUCGGUUUCUCCGUGCUGUGCACAAGAGAUGCUGAUUAUUGGAUGACGAAAUCGAUGAUCAUCUUCGAUGUCUUCGUCGAGGAGAUGGCCCAACAGAGGGUUAUGAGGCAAUUUGGUCUUCUGCAAUUGGAGACACCUCCCUCUAUAGAGGUCCCGCUGCACAGAGACAUCCACAGGAUCACAAAGAAGGGGAUCAACAGGACUGCUACUGAGUGGCUAUAUAGGGUUCAGUCGUACGUUACACAAUGGGAGACUUGCCAGCCCAUAAACAGCCUCGAUCCUCAAAAUUUUAUAAACGAGUCGAUUAUCGAGAUCUUGGAUGUGGCGACGGACGCCGAGACAAGGGACGUGUUCCUCGUCACGGAGCUCGUCGCCGACGGCCGCACCCUCCGCGAGUCGCUCUGGAGGCCUGUAUCCGAGGACGUGACGCGCGUGAUGAUGGAGCAGCUCCUGGACGCUGCAAAAAACAUACAUGGAGCCGGCGUCAUCCACCGGGACUUCAAGCCGGAGAACGUCAUGGUCGGCUUCUUCGGCGGGCUCAAGGUUGGUGACUUUGGGUCGGCGAUGCGGGCGAAGCCGGCCGGAGUGCCCUAUGAGGAGUGCUGUGUCGGCACCCUGAUCUACACCUCACCGGAGCAGCUGGAAGGCAACCGGUACUACGGCCAGGCCGUGGACAUGUGGGCGCUUGGGUGCAUCAUGGCGGAGAUGUUGGCCGGCGCGACCCUCUUCGUGGCGGACACAGAGGAGGAGCUGCUCGCCGAGAUUUACAAGUUGCGAGAUCAGAUCACUUCUACGGGGAAGCUCGACCUGGAGUUCUUCGAGGAGCUUUCGGAAGCCGGGCGUGAGGUCCUCACCGGCCUGCUUGCCUUCAACCCCGCCGAGAGGAUCACGGCGGCGGAAGCGCUCGAGCACCGGUGGUUCAGCAAGCCCAAAGGAGCAGAGCACCCUGGCUUUGUGUCGCUGAAGAGUUAAUUAGCUUGAUGUAGCAUCUGAUAGAUGCAGUGCCACUGGUUAAUUAUUUCAUUGCAGUGCCACUGACUUAGCUUAACUGCUGUGUUACUGUGUAAUC